AGUUUUCUCAAGGUGUUAUGUUUACUUUUUUUUAGUUUUACGGAUUUCCUUACUAUGAUAUUUAGGAAUUAACUUUCAGAUAUUAAUUUUUCCUUUCAUUAUGUUGUAGAUGCACACAUCUCACAAUAGGAGUUAUGAAUUUUAAUUUUAAACAAACUACAUUUCAUUUUUCCAGGUUAGAAAAAAUUACCUAUGACAAUGACAUUGACAUUACAAAACAGAAAACAUAUACACUGAAGAAAGCAUAGUCCACUGCUAUCCGUAGACGAACACGGUUGACAUAUGUCAGUGUCAAGCGCCAUUUUUUUGCAAGUCGUGUUAUAGCUAGAUUUAUGCGACGAUCCUCAUAUAAAUCUAAGUCUGCUAUACAAUUUGCUACAUGGAAGAUUUUAUAACGCCAUGUAUGGUAUUAGAGAGAUAUUGCAUAUGGACCUAAAUAAGGGUAUGCAUUAUUUAGGUGAACCUAAAUAAGUACAGUGGAAUUAGAGAUAUUGCACAUUUUUUGCUUGCAUAAUAUAGGUGGUUCGUAGUUGAAAUUCUACCAAAGGUGUGAGAAGUGAGAUUGUAAAAUGGAAGCUGAAUUGGAAGCAGUUAUAUUGGCAGGAGCAGAUGAGGAGGAAAUAGAAC